AUGAUGAACCUGAAGUUCUACCUGCACUGCUUGGUGCUGGUGGGUUCCAGCUGGGGCGUUUCCUCAUACAGUCCCCAUCUGAGAGCGCAGAAGACCGGAGACAUUCUCCUGGGCGGGUUAUUCCCCAUACACUUCGGAGUCGCCUCCAACGAUCAGGACUUGGCCGCUAAACCAGAAGCGACCGAGUGUGUGAGAUAUAACUUCCGCGGGUUCCGCUGGCUCCAGGCCAUGAUCUUCGCCAUCGAGGAGAUCAACAACAGCUCCACUCUGCUGCCCAACAUCACGCUGGGGUAUCGGAUCUUCGACACGUGUAACACCGUCUCUAAAGCUCUGGAGGCCUCGCUGAGCUUCGUGGCUCAGAACAAGAUCGACUCGCUCAACCUGGACGGAUUCUGUAACUGCACCGGGAACAUCCCGUCCACCAUCGCCGUGGUCGGGGCGUCGGGGUCCGCCGUGUCUACGGCCGUGGCCGACCUCGUGGGUCUCUUCUACAUCCCACAGAUCAGCUACGCGUCGUCCAGUCGCCUCCUGAGCAACAAGAACCAGUACAAAUCCUUCAUGAGAACCAUCCCCACCGACGAGUACCAGGCCAUAGCCAUGGCGGCCAUCAUCGAUCACUUCCAGUGGAACUGGGUGAUCGCCAUCGCCUCCGACGACGAGUACGGCCGUCCGGGCAUCGAGAAGUUCGAGAACGAGAUGCUGGAGCGGGACAUCUGCAUCGACCUGAACGUGCUCAUCUCCCAGUACCUGGACGAGUCCGAGAUCGUCCGCAUCGCAGACCAGAUCCAGAACUCCACCGCCAGGGUCAUCGUGGUGUUCGCCAGCGGGCCUGACGUGGAGCCGCUGGUGAAGGAGAUGGCCCGGCGGAACGUCACGGACCGCGUGUGGCUGGCCAGCGAGGCGUGGGCCGAGUCCAGCCUGGUGGCCAAACCCGAGUACCUGGACGUCAUGAGCGGGACGAUCGGGUUCGCUCUGCAGGAGGGACGGAUCCCGGGGUUCAAGGAGUUCCUGCAGCAGGUCCAUCCGAGGAGGUCCGCGCAUAACGAGUUCGUCCGGGAGUUCUGGGAGGAGACGUUCAACUGCUACCUGGAGGACAGCGCCAGGAACGAGGACGGCGAGAACGGCAGCAACAGCUUCAGGCCGCUGUGCACCGGCGACGAGGACGUGACCAGCGUGGAGACGCCGUACCUGGAUUACACUCACCUGAGGAUCUCCAAUAACGUCUACGUGGCGGUUUACGCCAUCGCUCAGGCGCUGCAGGACAUUCUCACCUGUACACCCGGGAGGGGGCUCUUCUCCAACGGGUCCUGUGCUGAUAUUAGAAAGGUGGAGGCGUGGCAGGUGUUAAAGCAGCUGAGACACCUGAAGUUCCAGAACAGCAGGGGCGAGAGGGUCCGAUUCGAUGAAAGCAGUGAGCUUUCUGCCAACUACACCAUCAUAAACUGGCACCGCUCGUCUGAGGACGGCUCCGUGGUGUUCAGGGAGGUCGGGUACUACAGCGUCCUCAGCAGGAAGGGCGCCAAACUGUCCAUAGACAAAACCAGGAUCCUGUGGAACGGUUAUCUGACCGAGGUACCAUUUUCGAACUGCAGUGAAGAGUGUGAGCCAGGUACCAGGAAGGGCAUCAUCGAGGGUAAACCCACCUGCUGCUUCGAGUGUACUGAGUGCUCUGAUGGAGAAUACAGCGAGCAUAAAGACGCCAGCGUUUGUACCAAAUGUCCCAACAAUUCCUGGUCUAGUGGGAAUCACACGUCCUGUUUCCUGAAGGAAAUCGAGUUUUUGUCCUGGUCUGAACCGUUCGGGAUCGCGCUGGCGCUGCUGGCCGUGCUCGGUGUCCUGCUGACGUCCUUCGUGAUGGGCGUGUUCGUGAGGUUUCGGAACACUCCUAUCGUGAAGGCGUCGAACCGAGAGCUGUCGUACCUGCUGCUGUUCUCUCUGAUCUGCUGCUUCUCCAGCUCGCUGAUCUUCAUCGGUGAGCCUCAGGACUGGACGUGUCGCCUGCGCCAGCCGGCGUUCGGCAUCAGCUUCGUGCUGUGCAUCUCCUGCGUCCUGGUGAAGACCAACCGCGUCCUUCUGGUGUUCGAGGCCAAGAUUCCCACCAGCGUCCAUCGUAAGUGGUGGGGUCUGAACCUGCAGUUCCUGCUGGUGUUCCUCUUCACCUUCAUGCAGGUGAUGAUCUGCGUGGUCUGGCUCUACAAUGCGCCGCCGUCUAGCUACAGAAACUACGACAUCGACGAGAUCAUUUUCAUCAUCUGUAACGAGGGCUCCAUGAUGGCGCUGGGCUUCCUGAUUGGCUACACCUGCCUCCUGGCGGGCGUGUGCUUCUUCUUUGCCUUCAAGUCGCGCAAGCUGCCUGAGAACUUUACCGAGGCCAAGUUCAUCACCUUCAGCAUGCUGAUCUUCUUCAUCGUGUGGAUCUCCUUCGUCCCGGCCUACUUCAGCACCUACGGGAAGUUCGUCUCGGCCGUGGAGGUCAUCGCCAUCCUGGUGUCCGGCUUCAGCCUGCUGGCGUGCAUCUUCUUCAACAAGGUCUACAUCAUUCUGUUCAAGCCCUCCAGGAACACCAUCGAGGAGGUUCGAUCCAGCACCGCCGCUCAUGCUUUCAAAGCAGCCGCCAAAGCUGCGCUCAGGCCCAGCUCCGCCUUCAGGAAGAGGUCUUGUAGCGUGGGCGGGUCCUCUGCGUCCUCGCCCAGCUCGUCCAUCAUCCUCAGGACCAAUGAGAACGAAGUGGUCACGCCCGCCGGGCAGAGGAGGAACCAGAGGCCGAGGGUGAGCUUCGAGAGCGGCACGGUCAAUCUCUCGCUCAGCUUUGAAGAUGCUCGAAGGAAUUAAGAUUUGAUCAUCCACGUAGACGAAGAACAUCAGACGCACCGCCGUCGUGUCUCGGUGGAUCCAAGAGCGCCAUCAACCAGCUUUCAAUGGGGCGCGGCCUUUGCCCAUCUCUCGAGAACAACAGAUAGAACAAGGGCACAGAGAGAUCGUUGGUAUCGGUGCUGAGAUUUGACUAUUCAUGGACAAUUCACUGCCUAUUUUACCGUCUGUGUGAGUCCUAAAGCACGAACUGUCACGCCUUGAUGUCACGUGGAGUGAUCAUUAAACAACACUCAAAAUUAAUCACCCCCCUGAACAUUGUAACUGUUUUUAUCAGUGACUGCAGCCGAAUUCCUCCUGAUUUGAUAUUAAUUUAAUAUUUUAUUAUUCAGAGCCUUA